GAUGUAGAUGAAUGUGCUGACAACUUACAUGACUGCGACGCUCAUGCAAACUGUACGAACAUCCCUCGAUCCUAUAGCUGUGUUUGCAACCCACCAUAUUAUGGAGAUGGAAAAAAGUGCAUAUUAAAUACACGUAAGUUAAGUGUAUUAAGCCAAGAAAUAUAAAAUGAUCCCAGUAAAGGUUGGAGGGGAAUGGGGGGUUGAUGGCUUAGUGGGUACUGCGUCUUAGAUCCUAUUGACUUUUAGAGAAGGCAGCAACUACUUUAGGCCCUUCAUAGGGUGGAUUUUACCCUGCGAGCAGAGUCUCCUUUGAUCUUCCUAGUUAUCUAGGAAGAUCGAAGGAGACUCUGCUCGCAGGGUAGGUGGAUUUCCACUAGCGCGUAAUUUUUACGUGCGUACGAGAAGUAAAAUUUACAUUCGCAGAUAAAAGAGAGGCAAUAUAUGAAGGAUCGAGCGUUAAAGUAAAAGUUGAACCUCGCCCAACUUCACGUUUAAGUGCAACACUUCAUACCUUAAUUGUCAUUAUUUUAUUUACGCGUGUGAAAUUUACGUGCGUAUACAAGCACUUGAAAAUUACGCGACAGUGGAAACCAACCUUACUCUUGGUAAUUAAAUUAUUAUAAUUACUUAUGCAGUCGCGAAAAGAAAGGACUGAAAAAAAAUUCAGGCUUGUACGGGAUUCAAACAUUUGACGUCUCUAUAAACCAAUUGAGCAAGCAAGCCAACUGGGAGCUGGUUUUUAUAAAAAUGGGUCAUUCCCUGGGUUCAAACCUUUCACAAAAAUAGGUCAUCUCCGAAUUAUCACUUUCAAAAUGAGGUUGAUUGCAAAAUCUUUCUUGUGAAAAUGACUUUUAUUUGCAUGAGAAUAAAAAAUCAUUUUCAUAUCGCACUUAGCCUCGCUUGGAAAUAGAGGCUUAGAGCAACUGUUGGUUCGUAAUAUACCCGGGAAAGAUUACAGGCUUUCUACCUGUAGAACAGUUUUGGAUUAGUGACAGCAUAUACAUGUAUGCAAAAGAGAUGGGGAACCUAAACGCAGAGCUCAAGUUCACUAGGAGGAUUCUUGUAGGCAAAUGAACCGCAGCAUUUAGUAAGAAUUGUAGCAAGCAUUCAUGGUAAUAAAUUUAACUGUUUUCAUAUACGAGCCUCUCUAUUGGCGAGUAACUGCGGACGUCGUUUUCGUCACCCUUUAAUUUCCCAUCAAAUCGUCAGCUUUUCAACGAAAUCGUCGCAUAUUAAUAGUUGUUCUGCGUGGUAACGCUACUAGUCCUUCUGGGGAGCUCUAGCAACCACGAUGACGGCGAAGGUAACGUGAAAAUAAAAAAAAACAUGCAACAGGUUUCACUGAUAAACAGAAGAAAAACCUGAACGUGCAGCCAUUGUUUGGCAAAUUUCCUUGCCAUUGUCGCAUGAGUGACGUUCUCAAACGUUAUCGAAAUGGCAGUGCGAUCGUACCUUUAGCCCCCGUCCAGACGUAUCCGGAUAUUUUAGCCUGCGGUGCAGCCGGCCCACGUAUCGCAUAUAGUGCGCGCAGGCUAGGAUAUUUUUGAAUCCGCAAAUUUUUCUUUGUGGAUUCAAGAAUUUUCACGUCCACACGUGUCCGUAUUCAAAUCGAAUUUGCCCGUCCACACGUAUCCGGAUUCACUCUCAGUUCGUCAGCUAAUUUGUAAUAAAGCGAUCUUCGGCUCACGCGAAAAUUUUAUCGCUAGUCUGUUUCACUAAUAAAAUUGUCCCAUCAAGCACUAUAUUUCACUCGUUUAACUUGUUUACGGCGUCAAAUCCGUCCGUCCUACAUGGAAUGAAGCUUCAAAAUGUCAAACCGCCGUUUGGGAUAAUUGAAGUGUACAGUAGUCAUAGCUACAAUGAGGGACAAACGUGUAGAGACACUUCUAUAAAAUGGCCUCUUUUGAACAUUGAACAUACCUAUCCCCUUCCCCUGUGUACCCCCACCCGUUUCCCGAAACCCAAUGUUGUGUUUUAGACCCUCAAGUCUUUCUUUAUCUACAGACAACAUUGAUUCGGGGGUGAGGGGAUUUACGGCGUUUAAAUAUAAUGAAAUAAUAAAUGUAUGAAAUUGUUGAUAAAAGCACCCGUUUUAGACAAGUGCGUCAACUACUUUUGUCCCUGAUUGUAGGUUUAACUGCACACACGUUAAACUAAAAAAGACUUGAAACUGAAAUGCCAGAAGUAAAGAAGCGAUAAUAUUGCGCUGGGCACCGUCUUGAAUAUUCACAGUAACGAACUGGGCAAAACGUUACUGUAUAAGAAAAUAUCCGGAUUUAGCGCCCACUAGUCUGAAAUGGCAUACAUCUCCACCCCCUUACCCGUCGGGUCUUUCUCCUCCGCGCCCCCCACGGCUUAGGGGGUGGCGACGUGUAACACCUCAGAUUGAGCGUCCACACGAUUCCGGAGUUAUAACGUAUUUAAAAAUUUCCUCCCUGGAGAGCGGAUUCAGAAAGUUGCGGAUUCGUCUGCCGGAUUCACCGAAUCCGUGUGAACGGAAGCCGGAUCCGCAAAGAAAAAGUUGCGGAUUCAAAAAUAUCCGGAUACAUGUGGACGGUGGCUUAAUCUCUAAGAUUGUCGUUUCAUCCAGCGAUUGUCGCGACUUCGCCCAUAGAGAGUCUCAUAUACCUUUAGCAUGACUAUCCGUGCACAGCUACGCUGAGUGCCAUGAUUUGCUGGAUCGAUGCACUUUUCCGCGCGCGAUCAUACCAAAGAUAUGAACCAAAGAUUUCUUUUUUAAGGUGGUUUUAAUGCAUCAACCAUUCUUGGCAACGGCAGUAGGUACUUGGAGAAUUUAGCGUCGUUUUUGGAGCCAGUGAUCAAUAGUUCAGUCCGUAGUAGGUUUGUGAGGUGUUGGCACGCUAAAGAGGACGGCUGGGGGGCGUCUACGUUCCACGGCAACUGUGAUGACAAGGGACCCACUGUAACCAUCAUUCAAGUCGGCAGUUGUAUAUUUGGUGGAUACAGUGACGUAACCUGGAAACCCCCCCCACUGAAUGAGUCAGGUACUAGGAGAAUCAGGAAUUGUAUAUUUUGCUGGCUAACAAUGAAGAACGAUAAAGUAGUACAGCGGCUUUUGGCCUGAUGUUUUUCUGUUUCCGUACAAUCAAGGCGAGAAAGUAAUUCCUCAGAAAUCAGAAUUGGGCAUUUUCAUGAUACAACUACCAGAAGUUCGUUUUUCUCUAAUUCACAAUUUUAAUUAAAUUAUCCCGGUCAGGUUUAAAUCUUAUAAGAAUCGAUUUUGAAAUACAUUUUAAAACAAAAGUCAUUGAUAAAAAAGAAGCUUGUCUUCAUGUCAUCAUUAUCAAAGACAAUAUUUACUUCCACGAAUCAUGUUAAUUUCUUAUCUUUUGAUAAUGAUGACAGGAAGCCAUCGAAACGUCAAGUUACUUUUUUAUCGUUGAUUUCAGGUUUAAAUCACAACAUCAAUAAACAAAAUCUUGCAAAAUUUGGUUUCGCCCUCUCCUUACAAAACCCAUUAAGGGGCCACUCCACAGGAGAGGACGGCUCUGGUCCUAGCCUAAUUUUACUGAAAUAUCUUUAAAGUUCUCUAGCUAUGAACUACGGACUCUUUUUAAUGAAGCAAAGUGUCGCUUAAGAACUACCCCCGGGUCACGGUAGUCAGAAGGAGAAAAAGGAAAACCUUUCCAUUGUAAAAAGCUAAUAUUGUAGUCACAUCCAUGAAUAUUUAUGACCAAAAUUACCUUUAAAAGCUAAAUGAAACAAGGAAUCAAGUGGUUCAGCCAUGCGGAGGUUGAAAAAAAAAAUGUAUUAGAUGUAUGUGUGAUACCGUCCGUCAUUUGUAUUUUAUGCACUUCAAGUAGGUUUCAGGCUCUGUCAUAAUUCGAUAGAUCUGGAUUCAGUUACGAUUCUAGUUUGCAUAAAUCUCUUUUCAGGACAAAAACCCUGCUCUUUCCUACUAACACUGAGGGAUUCCAGUUUAGGGAGAACUCCCUUUCUGCUCAUCAUGGAAGUUUGUUACACUUCUAAAACUGCCUAAUUUUCUAGAAUAAUUUUCUCCUCCCCCACUAAUUUCAAAGUCACUACAGUGUCAUUACUAUACUCAGCAAGAGAAAAAAUGGAUGUGUGGCUCAUCACACUGUUUUAGCAAUAUCGAAAAAUUUAUACAAAUACAGCAAAUUUUAAAAUUACAGUAAUGCAUGGCUUGUCUAGGAAUGUUUGUAUGUCAAGCCGGACUUGCACUCACUAUUUUAAACUGAAGCCCGGAUUAUGGAAUAUUCCUAGAAGCUGAUUUUUUAUGAGCGCCUUCAGUAAGGUCAGUAAGAAUUGUAAAAUGUCGUCGUUAUUUCACAGAUAGAUGUGGGAUUGGAUCUUCAAGUAAAGCCUUUAUCUACUCAUUAACCAAUAACAAUGGUUCUGGACACGCCGUGUACAAUCCUGUUAAGCUGCCAGUCAAGUCAGAUAUGUACCAUCGAUAUCGAGCUGUAUACAGGUGUCAUUUUUCAGGACCAAUAUUUGGCCCGGGUGAUAUUGUCAUAUCAAACAACGCU